AUGUCCGCUGCCGCGGCGCGGCUGGCGAUGUGGCGCGGCUGCGUCGGACGAGCGCUGCUGCCCCGGCACCGCGGCGCAGGGCCCGCGGCCGCGGCAGCGGCGGCGAGGCUGCUCCGCGCCGCCGCCGCCCCUGGGCGGCGGGCCGCGUCCACGGAGGCCGCGGCCGUGGGCUUCGUGGAGCGGACAGCCGCGACCGCCUCGGCGACGCGGGCGGCCAGCGAGCGCGGGGCGCUGCACGUGGGCCCGGCUGGCUUCGACACGGAGAAGCUGGCGCGGGACAUGGCGGAACGGCUCCGCGCGCACGGCGAGGCGGCGGUGGUCGUCGUGGGCACGAAUGCCACGCAGGAGGUGCUGCGUGUGGUCGAGAACGUGGAGGCUGACCUGCGAAGCGACGAGGCGGAGGAGAAGCUGCUAGCUUUCAUACCCACUCUCGGCGCCAUGCGCGAGGAUGGGCCCAGGGCGCUCUGCCUGGGCUUCAAGCUGGUGGCGCGGGUACCGGCGACCGCGGCUGGAAGCCCACUGACCAUGGCGAAGACCACAAACGUUGGCAAGGUGGCCGGGGCAAUUGCGGAGCGGAUCCGGGCGGACAGCGUGGUGGCGGUGCGAGGCGCGGGGGCCACGAAUCAGCGGCAGGCCCUGAAGGCCACCGCCAUAGCGCGCGAGUUCCUGACCGAGCGCGGCGACCUGAAAGACCAGGCGCUCGCGCUGGUGCUGCGCUUCGAUGCGGCGCCCGCGGGCGAGCUGAGGGGCCUCCCGCGCUCGUGGCUGCUGACGGCCUUCCCGCUGCGGGGGUGA